UCCGUGUUUAGCAGAUGAAGUGGUCAAUUGUCCUCCUUAUAAUCUAUAUCCAAUAAUGAAGUUGAAGUGUCAUUGAGACCUGAUGGGAAUGGGAGUUCUCUCUUUUCUUGCUUUGUUUGCCCUGUUUCACCCUGCUGCUUCUUAUUCUCUUGCAGAUAUAGAUGACUUUUUCAAGAGAUGCCCAGAAAUUGAUUGUGGAAAGCUUGGCAAGAUCAUCGCACCUUUUACCAAUAAAACACUUCCUCAGUGGUGCGCUCCCUUUGUGGUAGAUGAUUGCGAUAAAGAACAUCAAAAGAUCCAACUGAACAGGGGAGGAAGAUGGUAUGAAAUUGAAAGCAUCCAUCAGUCCAACACCAUUGAUAUUACUGACACAGAGUUCCAGAAGCAGCUGAAUUCCAGGCAGUGCCAAUCCUUCAAAAAUUUUAAUUUUCCCAGUUUCAAUUAUGUGCGUUUUACAAUCACGAACAAUCUUACCCUUUUCAAAUGCAACCAUGCUUCCAAUCUUACUCCCCAUCCCAAUUUUUAUUUUAAUUAUACAGAGUGCAACAACUUCAGCAUCUACUAUACUUACAUGAACAGAACUCUGCGAACUCCUCCCCCUAACUGUUCAAUUGUUCAACUUCCCAUCAAAGUAAACCAUAGCUAUGACAACAUAUUUGAUCUGUUAACUGCCAGUUUCUCUCUUCAAGUGUACUGGUGGUCCGAAUGUUACUUGUGUCAAAAAAUAUCCAAUGGUACUUGCCUAUACAAGAGCAAUGAAAAGUUCCCGUGUGCAGAUGCAAAUGGAAAACUAAUUCCAAUACCCUCGGAAACAAGCCAGCCAAAAAGACAAGGAGGACCGAAAAGGAAGCUAGAAAUAGGUCUCACAUGCCUUGCUGCCGCCACUGUGAUUGUGUUGUUCAUAAUCUCCAUUUGGUAUCGAUAUAAGAGAAAGGAUGCUCCCUCAAACACUCUCUCAGCAAUUACUUCAUCCAAUCUCUCCCCAAAAUCAGACCUGGAAGAAGACAAUGUCUACUUUGAGGUCCCUAUUUUCUCCUACACUCAGCUUGAAGAAGCAACUAAUAACUUUGAUCCAGAAAAGGAGCUUGGAAAUGGAGGCUUUGGGUCUGUAUACUAUGGAAAACUACAUGAUGGGAGGGAGGUUGCCGUCAAGCGCCUAUAUGAGCAUGACUACAGAAGGUUUCAGCAGUUCAUGAAUGAAAUAAAAGUUCUCACACGCCUUCGCCACAAAAAUCUUGUCUCUCUUUAUGGGUGCACUUCACGCCGCAGCCGUGAGCUCCUCCUUGUCUAUGAAUACAUCCCCAAUGGCACCGUUGCUGAUCAUCUCCAUGGUAAUGGAAUCCACUCUAGUCCACUAACUUGGCCAAUUCGUAUGAGGAUUGCUAUAGAAACAGCUAGCGCUUUGGCUUAUCUCCAUGCUUCUGAUAUCAUUCAUCGGGAUGUGAAAACUAAUAACAUUCUCCUUGACAACAAUUACCAUGUCAAAGUUGCAGAUCUUGGGCUUUCCAGGUUGUUCCCCACUGAUGCCACCCAUGUCUCAACUGCUCCGCAAGGGACUCCUGGCUAUGUUGAUCCUGAAUAUCACCAAUUUUACCAGCUAACUAAUAAGAGCGAUGUCUACAGCUUUGGUGUCGUCCUUAUUGAACUCAUAUCAUCAAUGCCUGCUGUUGACAUGACUAGGCAUCGGCAUGAGAUUAAUUUGGCAAACUUAGCAAUGAACAAGAUUCGAAAAUGCGCUUUUGAUGAGUUGAUUGACCCAUGUCUUGGGCAUCAGUCAAAUGAGGUAGUUAAAAGAAUGAUAACUACAAUUGCAGAGCUGGCCUUUCAAUGCUUGCAACAUGAUAAAGAAAUGAGACCUUCUAUGGAUGAGGUAUUGGAAGAACUACAAAGAACUGAACGUGGGGAAUAUGAAUUAGAGAAUAUAGAGGACGGACAUAAUGAUAACGACGUCUCAAAGAGUGUGGAGCUGCAACCUUCACAACCAGAUUGUGAUGAUAUUGCAUUGCUAAAGAAUAUUCAGCCACCUUCUUCACCUAAUUCAGUGACUCAAAAAUGGUUUAGUGAUGUAAACUGUGUGCGCGAUCACAUGUGAAGAUUUAAAGACAAGGAAAGAGAAAAGUCUGGUGGUGAUCCAAAGAGAAGAGGCUGGCUGGCUAAAAGUGUGGUGGUGAUCCAAAUGUGAAGAUUUAAAGACGAGGGAGAGGGCAGGGCAGGGGAAAGUGGAGGCGGCUUAAACAUGCAAGUUGUAAAACCAUGUCGAAACUGCACUAGAUGCCAUUCGUGCAUUUCGCCUGCGGCCAUUCAUAAAUCCACAAGCUCAAAUUUGUUAUUACUUUCUCUUGUAUAUUUAUAAUAAAAUGUUGAUUAGCUUCCCUUUGUUUAGUUGAAGAAAGAAAACCGCCAAUUUUUUAAGAAAUAUAAACCAAGAAACUCAAGCAAUGUCA